UAUGCGGAUCGUGAUCAGCUUCAGGCAAUUUACAGUGCUUACCUACAGCCUGUCCUUAGUUCCUCUUUAAAGUCCCAUCCGGUGUGGGGUGCGGUGAAGAAUGUUCACACUCUAGCAGGCUCUAUGGUGGCAGUUUAUGAACAGGUACCUGGUUUUCAAGUACUAAGAGUGUUUUUUUCAGGUUACGGCCCCUCCAUGUUGAUCCAACACCGGCAUUCGUUUGAAAGAGCCCAAAAGUCAUGAUACAUCAUCAUCUAACGCUAUCCAACACUGUUCAGUAGUACCGCGUUUAACUCUUUUUGUACCAAGAGUGAUCUGCAUCAAAUUUCAUCUUAUGAUAUCAAUACUGUACGAAACACAAGGUGUCGAGAAUUAAGGAUGUGAUCACACAAUUGGAUGUAAUUGAUACUAUCCAGUACUUUCACAGAAAUUGUAUGCGGGCAACAACGAGAAUUUAAAUUUUGAUAUUACGUUUUAAAGAGUCCAAGAGAUACAACAUGUUGUAUCCAAAAUUUUAUUAUGGAUGGAGUUGGACCAAAUUGUUGGCAACUGGCAACUUAGACUCGCUUAAAAUCGCGUCAAUUUUCAUUGUAGACCAUGGGGACGGCUAAAAGGAAAAGUUAAGAUUCUAUUCGUAUUUGUCAUGAUCCUUCGUGAUACUAUAAAACUUGCAACAAAUUUGGUACAUCUACUAUAAAACAAGAAACAAUGACACAAACAGAUUGGGCGGGAUGCCUUUGCGCAAACAAAUGACACAAAAGAGUGAGAAGUUUUAAAUGUUGUUUCUCAGGUGCGCGCCAAGUUCACCGUAGACGACUACUCCCACUACCUUUUUACCCCACGUGACCUAACAAACUGGAUCUUAGGCCUUUUACGGUAUAACCUGGACUCAGGAUCUGGAGACAGCUCCACUCAGCAUUUGCUAGAAAUCUGGGCAUACGAGGCGAGAAGACUUUUCAGGGAUAGACUUGUUGGAAAACAGGGUUUAGACAAAUUUGACAGGUAA